GAGCUGAUCCAGCCGUCGGUGAGCGGGCUGUCGCGGGAGGUGCGGACCAACAUCCUGUGCACCGUGCGCGGCUGCGGCAAGAUCCUGCCCAACAGCCCGGCGCUCAACAUGCACCUGGUCAAGAGCCACCGCCUCCAGGAUGGCAUAGUAAAUCCAACAAUAAGAAAAGAUUUGAAAACCAUACCAAAAUUCUACUGUUGUCCAAUUGAAGGAUGCCCUAGAGGUCCUGACAGACCAUUUUCUCAGUUUUCUCUCGUAAAACAGCACUUUAUGAAAAUGCAUGCCGAGAAGAAGCAUAAAUGCAGCAAGUGCAGCAAUUCCUAUGGUACCGAGUGGGACUUGAAAAGGCACGCGGAGGACUGUGGCAAGACCUUCCAGUGCACAUGCGGCUGUCCCUAUGCCAGCAGAACGGCAUUACAGUCUCACAUCUACGGAACUGGUCACGAGAUCCCUGCAGAACACAGGGAUCCACCUAGUAAAAAAAGGAAAAUGGAAAACUAUCUACAAAACCAGAAGUUAUCUAAUAAGACCAUGGAACCAUUGAGCACUCAACCCCCUCCUCGACCAGAUCCUCAAGAACUAGAAACUUCAGAAAUAAAAUUAGUAAAUUCUUUUGAAGAUUCUUGCAGCUCUAAUGCCAGAAAACAGAGUGUCACAACACCUCCGAGAUAUCCUCAGAAGUUGCUUCUACCAAAGCCCAAAGUGGCUUUGGUUAAACUUCCGGUCAUGCAGUUCUCUCCUGUGCCUGUCUUCCUGCCUACGGCCGACUCUUCCGCCCAGCCUGUGGUGUUAGGUAUGGAUCAGGGCUCCACUGCAGGUGCUGUGCACUUAGUGCCCUUGUCAGUAGGAACCCUGAUCCUUGGCCUAGAGUCAGAGGCUUGUUCUCUUAAGGAGAGCCUACCUCUUUCAAAAAUUAUAAAUCCUGUUGUUGAGCCAGUUAGUACCGGUGUUCAAGUGAACUUGGGUAAAAAUCUGUCUAAUCCUUUACAAGAACUAGGGAACACGUGUCAGAAGAACAGCAUUUCUUCAAUCAAUGUACAGACGGAUCUGUCCUAUGCCUCACAAAACUUCCUACCUUCUGCACCUUGGGUUGGCCCCGAUUCCUCUGUAUCGUCUUGUUCUCAGACUGAUCUGUCAUUUGAUUCUCAAGUGUCCCUUCCCAUUAGUGUUCACACCCAGACGCUUCUGCCCAGCUCUAAGGUAACUUCAUCUAUUGCCGCUCAGACUGAUGCAUUUACGGACACUUGUUAUCAGCCAGGUGGGAUCUCCAGAGAAACCCAAACCAGUGGGAUGCAAAGUCCCACACGUGGCCAGGUACAGAUGGACCAAGCUGGAAUGUGCAGAGACAUUUUUGAGAGUGUCCAUUCAUCAUACAGUGUCCCUGCAGCCACUAUUAUAAGCAGCAGCUUAGUAGCAGAGACAGUAACUCGUGGUUUGUUACCUCAGAAUGACCCUAAGACUUUAAAUCAAGAUAUUGAGAAAUCUGCACCCAUUUUGAGCUUCAGUGCACAGAAUAGUAUGCUUCCUUCACAGAACAUGACAGAUAAUCAGACCCAAACCAUAGACUUAUUAAGUGAUUUAGAAAACAUCUUGUCAAGUAAUCUGCCCGAUCAGACAUUGGAUAACCGUAGUCUUUUGUCUGACACAAACCCUGGGCCUGACACUCAGCUGCCAUCUGGCUCAACCCAGAAUCCUGGAAUAGAUUUUGAUAUUGAAGAGUUCUUCUCAGCUUCAAAUAUCCAGACUCAAACUGAAGAGAGUGAACUUAGCACCAUGAACACUGAGCCAGUCUUGGAAUCACUGGACAUAGAGACCCAAACUGACUUCUUACUUGCAGACACAUCUGUCCAGCCCUACGGGUAUAGAGGAAGUUCUCACUUCCUAGGCCUUGAGAUGUUUGACACGCAAACGCAGACAGACUUAAACUUCUUUUUGGAUAGUAGCCCUCAUCUGCCCCUUGGCAGCAUCCUGAAACACUCCAGCUUUUCCAUGAGCACUGAUUCAUCAGACACAGAGACCCAAACUGAAGGAAUCUCCGCUGCUAAAAACCUAUCUGCCCUAGAGAGCAAAGUUCAGUUGAACAGUACAGAAACACAAACCAUGAGUUCAGGUUUUGAAACCUUGGGGAGCUUGUUCUUUACCAGCUAUGAAACUCAGACAGCAAUGGAUGACUUUCUUCUAGCUGAUUUGGCCUGGAACACGAUGGAAUCUCAGUUCAGCUCUGUGGAAACUCAGACAUGCGCCGAGCUGCACGCAGUCUCCAACUUCUAAAGAAAAUGCUUCUGUGGUUGGAGACUCCCGUUGCUGCAGCUUCAUCUGCUUUGCCAUCUCUCUUCUGAUUUGAAGACACCAAGGGAAUUUACAGCUGUCUUCAGCUUUUGCAAGUUUCCGUGUAGUCACUGCCAUCCCUCCACUCAUGAGCUAUUACUGAUGCUAACAUGCGCGAACAGUCCUUUCCUCACAAGAGGUUUGUUGCUGUGAAAUGAUUACUGCCUAGAGAAAGGGCAGCAAGCACUUAGUGUAAAUAGUGAUUCUUCCAAGUACUACAUCCAGACUAUGGAGACACGGUUGUUAAAUCAUGCCUGUUAGUUCAUCCUGGGGUGUGUGGUCCUGUGCUUUCAUACCACCAUCAAUCCAGAAGCCUUCUGUGCCCAGAUGUGUGGGAGUUUUCCCCAUGUACCAGCAAGCAGCUCUGCAGCAGAUGCCACUUGGGUGUCCUCUAAUGCUCUUCAGUUCUGACACUAUCUGGAGUCCAGGCCUCCAGAGUGUCUAACCCAGCACUUAAAUUUUAGGGUUGCCACAUUCUCCUCCCUGGGUUCAAUUUAUUCAUGAGUGGCUGGCAGAACUCAGGGGAACAUUAUGUUUACUGGUUAUUGCAAAGAAUACAAAUGAAGAAAUGCUCAGGGUGAGGUAUGUGGGAAGGAACUGGCUUCCAUACCCUCACUAGGAGAGCCGACUUCCAGGAAUCCAAGUUUGACUAUCUGGAAGCUCACUGAACCCAGUCCUUUUGGGCCUUUAUUGAAACUUCAAGGGUAUGAUUGAUGACAUCACUGGCCAUGAUCAACUUAACUUUCAGCCUCUCUCCCCUCCCAGAAGGUAGAGGGUUAAGGCAGGGUAAGGCUGAAGAUAAUCCCACCCCUCUAAUCAUGUCUUUGCUGUGAUGAGUCCUCAUUGUAAAGCUACCUAGGGGCUGCUCAUUAGUACACACAAAAAAAUUGCUGGAAAUAACAAGGAUUUUAGGAGUUGUCUACUACCAGGGAGGAAGACCAAAUAUGAAUAUUACCACAUCUAUAAACACCCUUCCUGCACUCCACAGCAGACCAAAGUGGGGCACCAGAACUGCUUCCCACCGUGCACCUACAGGCUGCAUCUGACUUGUCCUCAAUGUUAAAGUAGGGAAAGAGGACACUACCCCUCAAACCCAGAUUUCAAAACUUUAUACUUCUGAGCUUGAUAGGGCGAGAGUGCAAUCUGCAAUUAUUUUAAAGUUACUUUUCCUUCCAUCCACCACCCAUCUUUUCCUUGAAUAAAGAAACACAGGUCUAAUAAAUAUAUCAUUUGUGUCUUGAGGCUAGCAAUUACAGAAUAAACUAUCAAACUUGCUUCAGUAAUCAAGAAUAUUUUCUACUUUGAGACAAGGACAGCAUCAAGUAUGCUUUGGGGGUUCUCUAGUUAGUAGAUCCUGUUUUGUUUUGUUUGUUUGUUGAUUUUUUUCUUGGAAUUGGGGAUUAAACCCAGGGGCAUUUAACCACUGAGUGACAUCCCCGGUCCUUUUUAGUUUUGCUUAGAGCCUCACUAUGUUGCUGAGGUUGGCUUUUUUUUUUUUUUUUUUGAACUUGAGAUUUUCCUGCCUUAGCCUCCCAAGCUGCUGGGAUUGCAGGUGUGUGCCACUGUGCCCAGCCUGAAUUCUUAAUGGUUGCCCAACUCUCAGGCAAGUGCAGCCUGUGUGUUUUCAAACUUUACCCAAAAAUGCUCUGUUUUUUUUCUGUGGCACAUGCUUGUGAUGCUGAAACCUAACUCCUCAAAAUAGAACUUAAGAAGGAAACUAAUGAUUCAUUAAAGUAAAUUGAUGGUGUUGGUAAUAAUGCUUAUCCCAUCUGUCUGAAAGAGAAUUGGUAAUGGAUUAAUAACAUAUCCAAGCAGAUGAACUAAUACCUAGUAGAUAACUUUGCUUUGGUCACAGUUGCCUAUGAAUAUGAGUUUCAAAAUGAACAUAAAGCCUUAACUUAGAUUUUCAUUGUUUUAGAAUCAUCAUGCCUUAAUGUUCAAACAUCUAUUUAAGUCGUCCUGAUAAAGAAGAAAUGCAUGUUUGUUUAUGGCUUUUUGUAAAUACAUAUGCAGUGAUCUAUGGCUUUACUUCUGUUUGAGACGAUGUUUGUUAAUCUAGCCAAUAGUUAUUUACAAAAAGUGGAGCAUGUGGUUGUUCUUCAUGUACAAGAACUGUUCCCCCGCAAAACCUCAGUUACCUGGAUUGUCCUAAGAUCAUCUGUAAAAACUGAAAUUCAAUGAUUAAAAGGAAGCUAGAAUUAAAA